CUCUCAUUCUUUCUUUUCCCUCACAGAGACACAGUCUCGUUUUAGCAUUCAUUCAUAUAUAAGCCUCGGCUUCCCGGCGAUUCCACAAAACAAUAAAACAAAUACACUUUGAGAAAACAAUUUAAAAAGACGCGAAAAUUGAAUGGUGUUUUGUGUGCGAGAAGAGAGGGCGGCGGCGAGAGAGAGAGAGGAGGAGGAGGAGGAGUUGUCAUCGAUGGCGAUGAGCAGUCACGAGAGAUCGUCAUCGAAACCACUGCAUAACUUCACCUUGCCGUUCCUGAAGUGGGGUCACCAGCGGCAUCUAAGAUGCAUGAAGCUGGAGGGUUCGUUGACCACUACCACGACCACGACCACGACCACGACGACGUCGUUUAGUGAACAGAGGCCGCGGAGACGGUCUCCAUUGUCUUCCAAGUCGAGGAAGGAUUCGGAAGAGGAAGGGAUCGAUGCGGUGAGGGAAAAGAUUAUUAAUGAUCUCAAAACUGCUGCGAAUAAGAUGAAAGAUAAGAUUUUGAGGGAGGAGGUGGAGUUGGAGGAUGACGAGGAGGAAGAGUCGUCUCCUGCCACGGCUGCUGUUGUGGUGGCGGCGGCGCCGUGGAAUCUUCGCACUCGGCGUGCUGCGUGUAAAGCGCCGCCGAUUGGUGGAGCGGCGGGGGGUAAGGGAUUUAGAAUCGAGGAGAAAAAGUCGAAUGUAUCGCCGAUUAAAAGUGACGCUGUUGGCUCCAAGUCGCCGAGGUUGAAGGACAUCAAGAAAGAGAGAGUGAAAUUCGCAGUGAAUUUGACGAGGAAAGAGAUCGAAGAAGAUUUUAUGGAGCUAGUUGGCCAUCGGCCGCCGAGGAGACCCAAGAAGCGGCCCAGAUAUGUGCAGAGGCAAUUGGAUACAUUGUUUCCGGGAUUGUGGUUGACGGAAGUGACGGUUGAUUCGUAUAAGGUGCCGGAGUUAGCUGAUAACGGAAAGAGGUAGUAAUUGGAGAAGUGGGUGGACAUGGGAGUUUUGAGGCUUCUGCUAGGUGACUCCCGAUGACUUGUGACCUUAAUAUGUGAGGGAAUUUCAUUCAAAUGAUGAAUUUCCUGGUAACUUUGUGGUGGAAGUUCAGUUGCUUUGAAAUGCUAAUUUUCUUUUUUAAUUUGUCAUUCAUUGUUUCUUUCUAUUUAGCUAAAUAAUAAUUGUGUAUAAAGAAAAGGGACGGUUGGCUGUUGUUAGAUCAUGGAAGAGAAUGGCAUUGUACGAGUUUCAUUUUAUGAAUACACUUGUUUGCUUUGUUGUCUUUGAUGUCAAGAAUCAAAUCUUCAAUUUCAA